AUGAACGCCAGGAUCGGCCGUAAAAAGUCGAAGAACCCCCCGUAUUUUUCUCAUGAGUUUGUUAUCACGAAUCAUGGGGAUAUCGUCAGCAUCAUUGCAAUGUUAAUUAUCGUCGGUCUGCUGCACAAGGGGACACAUGUUAUGUCUUCAUCAUUCAUAUUUAUUCAGUACAAUAAUACAGAUGAGCAUCAGGAAAGUGCCUUAUUAUACAGUCCAGGUGUCAAGGAUUUGUGUGCAAUAUUUUUUUAUACGCUUAUAUGUAUUGUUGGUCAUGCCGUACUUCAGGAGUAUAUCUUCGAUAAAGUUACCCGGAAACUAAGCCUAACAAAAGUACGGUUGGCUAAAUUCAAUGAGUCGGCACACCUCGCUUGUUUUUAUGCUUUAUCCACCGUUUGGGCAAUAUACAGCAUCAUCAAUGAAGGUUUUAUACUAAACCUAAGUAGCUUGUGGGAUGACUAUCCACAGAGAUGGAUGCCAUUCUGGAUUAAAUUGUUUUUCAUCACUCAGAUAUGCUAUUGGCUUCAUGAUUACCCAGAACUUUACUUCCAGCGAGUGAAAAGUGAACUUAUACCUGCACGAGUGCUUCAUGCAACAAUCUAUCUACUUGGAGUGUCCCUGGCAUACAUUGGAGGAUUGAGCAAACUUUGUAUGGUGCUGUUAAUACUUCACUAUAGCACUGACUUCUUUUUGCAUGUCGCUCGGGCUUUAUAUCUUGCAGAAUACAAAUAUUCAUCCAUUGGUUUUGCAAUAUGGAAUUGGACUUUCAUACCCGUGCGUAUGGCCUGCGUCAUUCUUGGUUUCCUCACAUUGCAUCAUGGUUUAGGGAAAAAUUCCGUUAUGUACGUUAAUAUUACCGAGGGGAACUUCAACACUCCUUCCAUAAGAACUGCUGCAAUGUUAUUUUUCUUCAUUGCACAAGCUUUAAUGGUUUGGAAUUUCAUUACGUUUCAUCAAAGAUACCGUAGAGAUAAGCAUCAACAACAUUCACAAAGUUCUAAGGGUUGGUUUUUCAGCAGCAGUCAAGAUUCUACUCAACGGAAAAAGGAGAAAAAGAAGGUGAAACGAGAAGACGAAGACACUAGUGACCAGACAGAAACUGAUCAGAAUUCACAGAAGGAUGUAAGACGACGCAAGCUAAUCAAGGCUAGACCACAAUAG